AUGUUCAUAUCUAUCUAUCUAUCUAUCUAUCUAUCUAUCUAUCUAUCUAUCUAUCUAUCUGUCUGUCUAUCUAUCUAUCUAUCUAUCUAUCUAUCUAUCUUACUUGUAAAUACUUCCGAAAACUAUCUAUCUAUCUAUCUAUCUAUCUAUCUAUCUAUCUAUCUAUCUAUCUAUCUUCAUCCUUUACAUGUGUAUGUAUGUAUGUAUCCAUCUAGCUUGCUGGCUAGUUAUCUAUCUAUCUAUCUAUCUAUCUAUCUAUCUAUCUAUCUAUCUAUCUUCAUCCUUUACAUGUGUAUGUAUGUAUGUAUCCAUCUAGCUUGCUGGCUAGUUAUCUAUCUAUCUAUCUAUCUAUCUAUCUAUCUAUCUAUCUUCAUCCUUUACAUGUGUAUGUAUGUAUGUAUCCAUCUAGCUUGCUGGCUAGUUAUCUAUCUAUCUAUCUAUCUAUCUAUCUAUCUAUCUAUCUAUCUAUCUAUCUAUCUAUCUAUCUAUCUUCAUCCUUUACAUGUGUAUGUAUGUAUGUAUCCAUCUAGCUUGCUGGCUAGUUAUCUAUCUAUCUAUCUAUCUAUCUAUCUAUCUAUCUAUCUAUCUAUCUUUGCAGCAUUGGAGGUACAUCUAUCUAUCUAUCUAUCUAUCUAUCUAUCUAUCUAUCUAUCUAUCUAUAGCCCGCUUGAUAAAAAGAAAAAGAAAAAACGGAUAUUUAUCUUUUCCUUAAUAUCGGGUAGUUCUUUCAUUAAUGAAAAUCUUGGUUUGUCUAUCUCUCCGUCAUUUGCCUCCCUAUUUCUCUUUCUCUAUCUGUCUAUCGAUCGGUCUAUCUGUUUAUUAAAAAGAAAAGGAAAAAUCUCUCUCUCUCUCUCUCUCUCUCUCUCUCUCUCUCUCUCUCUCUCUCUCUCUCAUACAACGCUUUCUUCUCUCUGUGAUUCCUCAUUCCUGCCCUUCAUUUACUCCUUCUCCUACUUUUCCUCCCUUAUCUCAAAAAAAACCCUCUCUCUCUGUUUCCCUUUCUUUCUUCCCCUUUCUCGCAUUGCUCUUCUCUCCGUUCCCUACUCUCUCAAUAUUUCAUUGACACACCACUUCCCCUCCUCUUAUUUUAUUUGUGAUUUUAGAAGAAAACAAUUUUCUUUCCGGAAAUCGAUUUGUUUUUCUUAUUUGAUUAUUUUAUCUUCAGAAGAAAUUUUCCAAAUGGCGUCCAAUGUGAAUGAAAAAGAGACAUUCCAAUGCUCGAAAUGCGUCGAAGUUUUGGAUUUGGCAUCGAAGACGUUGCCAUGUCUUCAUUCCUUCUGUGGGUCGUGCGUAGAGAUGAUUCUUCAAGGAAAUGGCCUGUGUCCCCAGUGCCAACAACCUGCAACCGAUGACGAGUUGAGACUGGCACCGUUUUUGGUGAAGUCUUUGAGGCGCCGUCAGCUGGAAUCCAGAGAAUGGAAUUGCGAUUGGUGCCUGGAGGACGGCGCAGAAUCGACCGGCCAGAUUUGGUGCCAGGAAUGCAAGAAACUUUUGUGCCAGACUUGCGAGAAAUUCCACAAGAGAUUCCAACCCGGACACGAGACCAAAGACUUGUCGAGCCUGUCGAGGGUGGAGGCCAUUCGGGUCAUCACGAUGGAGGACUGUCGACGCCACCGCCAAUCGAAAUACGCACUUUGCGAACGGUGCAACGUGUGCAUGUGUGACGCGUGUUACGAGGAUCACGUGACCACUUCCCCGCAGUGUCCGCCUCGUCCGCUGUCGGUGAGGGAGGAGGCAUCGAAAGGUAAGGAAGAGGUCGGCCCCACACUUGAGCAGCGACUCCGCCAGUUCGAAAUCCACAUCCGGGCGACGAACGAGUGGACAAGGCGAUCCAUUGACCAACUGUCAACGGAUUGCGAUUCCGAAUGCUCAAAACUUUGGCAGGAUUUUGAGACAUUCGUUGAAGAGGCACGGAUCAAGUUGACAGAGCUGUGCGACAAUAUGAGAGCGGCGUCGUCUGAACUCGAGAGAAAAUGGCGCCUCACCCUCAAAGAGAGAGAAGACCUUUUGGGGAAGGUGAAGAUCUGGCGCGACACCUUGGGACAACUGUUGACGGACGACGCCGACGAUGAGGAUGUCGUUUGUGGAUUGCAGUUGUUGGGAGCGGAGCUUUCUGUGUGGCUCCGCCAAUCGUUUGCUCCACCCGAGAAACUCCGUUGGGUCGUGACCUUUCCCAAAUGGUGUCACGAUUCCCUAGAGUCACUGAAGAAAGAAAUAAUCGAUUGGACGCCAGAGACAUCCGGGCAUUUGCAGCUUGAAAGUGAAUGCCGUCUCCAAGGAUUGAACCUGCGAUGGUUUUCAUCGAUUGUCGCCAGCGACGAAGACAAUCAUGUCUUUGUUGGUGAUUGGGACGGCGAAUCGAUCCUAGAAUUCGAUGACUCUGGGGUAAUGGUCAGCCAAUGCCACUUAACGGACGGAGGAGAGAGAUUCUGCCCCCGGGAUAUGUGUCGCCUCCCCGAAGACAUUUUGGUUGUUUGUUGUCCUUGGGGGUCGAGGGAGCCGUUGGAGGGAAGACUUUACUUUUUGGCGCGCAGUCAUGUGGGAUGUCUCUCGUCCGGUGGCUGGAACGAUCUCUCUGCCAUAGUCUCUCGUAUCUCUUCGAUGUUCUGUUUUAUGGAACAUGCGCAAGGGCUGUGUUGGGGCAUGAUGUACCCUGUUUAUGCCAGUGUUCCCCAAACAAUCAAUCAGGGCUCUCCUUGCAAAUGUCCAAAUAUGGGGAAGCCUCUCCUCCCUCCUUGCAAUUCUACCUGGGCCUUCUACCUCUUUUGGUCACCUGAUCAAAUCCGUCUCCUUCCAGCUCGGCAUAAGUGUCUAUUAUCAUCACUUCCCGAGGGGCGUAGAAAUUCCUCCACCUUCUUUAGAACUCCACCUAGGCCCUUUCCUCUUUGUUUCUUUUUCUAUCAAAAAAUCUCUCUCUCUCUCUCUCUCUCUCUCUCUCUCUCUCUCUCUCUCUCUCUCUCUCUUUUAUUUACAAUUUGUUUGGUCAUCGGUAUAUCUAUCGUUCUAUUCAUCAGCCUACUUAUCAUUUAUCAGCGCUAA